UCUACCAGUCAUCAACCAUGAAGAUUCUUAGCUACCUCCUGGCUUACCGAAGGUUCCUGCUCAUUGUUCUCACCCCACUGCUUUUACUUCCACUUCCACUUAUCAUCAAAACCAAAGAAGCAGAAUGUGCAUACACAUUGUUUAUAGUUGCCAUCUUUUGGCUCACAGAAGCUUUGCCACUUGCUGUUUCAGCUCUGCUCCCUGCCUUUAUGUUCCCAUUGUUCGGUAUAAUGGAAUCCAAGCAGGUGGCAUCUGCUUAUUUUAAAGACUUUCAUCUGCUGCUUAUUGGAGUAAUUUGUUUGGCAACAUCAAUAGAAAAAUGGAAUUUCCACAAAAGAGUGGCUUUAAGAAUGGUGAUGCUGGUGGGUGUCAACCCUGCAUGGCUUAUGCUGGGUUUCAUGGUUAGCUGUGCCUUCUUGUCAAUGUGGCUCAGCAACACCUCUGCUGCUGCCAUGGUGAUGCCAAUUGUAGAGGCUGUUGCUCAGCAGAUCAUCAGAGCUGAAACAGAAGCUGAUGUGCUGGAGAUGUCUUGCUCUAACGGCUCCAUCAACCUGGCACUGGAGCUGGACGAAAAUAUAGCAGAAUGUGAAAGCAGUGACUGGAAAAAGAAAGAAAAACAAGUUAAUGGAUAUGACAAUGAUGUGGGUAGUACUGUGUGCACAAUUGAAAAGGAAAAUGAAAAAGAAAAGAAACAGAACCUACCGCCUACUGAAACAGGGAGAAAAAGCAAAAAGGACAAAUACAGUGGGAUUUUCAAAGUGAUGUGCUUAUGUGUUGCUUAUUCUGCUACCAUUGGAGGACUGACCACAAUCACAGGAACAUCGACUAAUCUGAUCUUUGCUGAGCACUUCAACACACGUUACCCAGCUUGCCAGUGCAUCAAUUUUGGAUCCUGGUUUAUCCUUUCCAUCCCCAUCACAGUUAUUAUUCUGCUGCUCUCCUGGGUCUGGCUCCAGUGGCUUUUCCUUGGGUUUGAUUUUAAAAACAUGUUCAAGUGUGGCAAGAAGAAAACAGCUAGAGAAGAGGCAUCAGCACAGGUGAUUCAGAAGGAGUACAAGAAGCUUGGACCAAUGAGCUACCCAGAAGCUGUUACACUUGUCCUAUUCAUUCUAAUGACCCUGCUGUGGUUCACCAGAGAGCCUGGCUUCAUCCCAGGAUGGUCUUCACUUUUCCCAAAGUAUAAAGGCUAUGCUACAGAUUCAACAACUGCCUUAGUGAUAGGCCUCCUGUUCUUUAUUAUUCCAGCAAAAACAUUGUCUAGGACUUCAAAUGGAGAAAACACUGUUUUUGGUUACACUCCACUGAUUACUUGGAAGGAAUUUCAGUCAUGCAUGCCCUGGGAAAUAGCUAUUCUUGUUGGUGGCGGGUUUGCCCUGGCAGACGGCUGUGAGGUUUCAAAACUUUCUGAGUGGGUAGCAAGUAAAUUGACCCCACUAGGAUCAUUACCCUUGUGGCUCGUUAUUCUGAUAUCAUGCCUUAUUGUCACUUCAGUAACAGAAGUGGCCAGCAAUCCAGCUACCAUCACGAUAUUUUUGCCCAUACUAUCACCUUUGGCUGAAGCCAUUCAUGUGAACCCACUUUUCAUUUUGAUACCUGCUACCCUGUGUACUUCCUUCGCGUUCCUGCUUCCUGUAGCCAACCCAGCCAAUGCUAUUGUAUUUUCAUAUGGUCACUUAACUAUUAUGGACAUGGUGAAAGCUGGUUUGGGCAUUAACAUCGUUGGAGUCGCUGUAGUUAUGCUUGCCAUUAUGACAUGGAUAGUGCCUAUAUUCGAUCUCUUUACUUACCCAAGUUGGGCACCAAACAUUUCUGCUACAAAUAACACUGGGCUGUAAAGAAAAAAAUCCUGUGGAUUGGUUAGGAUUGGGUUUGUUUCUUUUCUUUUCCACUGAUUUGUGGUGAGUCUCUUAAAUGCUUUUUGUCACAAUGAUAAGGAACUAUAUUACUAUAAAUGCCGUAUUUCACAGUCCCAGAGACCGGACAUCCAGUUUGAGAGUUUUAUCAGGAAGAGUGAUAAACUAUCUAAAUAUCAUAAAGUUAGAUCAAGUUUCUAAUAUAGUUCAGCUAGUCUGAAUUUUUAUAUCUUCAUGUUAUGAAGGAAAAAAUAAAUGUGCAUAGCCAUUAUCACUGGCAGUUUGCCCCCAUUCUCAGGGUAGUGAAAUUAUGAGAUUUAGAUUUUAUUAUUUCAAAUACAUUUUCUGACUAUUCGGUGAUAUUGGGAGUUUUUCAAAGAACAUAUUAGUUUCCUGGUUUUUUAGAUUCAAACUCUGUUUGAAACAGUGUUGAUCACAAACAAAAGAUCAGGCAGGGGACUGCCUUGAACACAUAGUUUACAGACCUGUCAAAAAUGCACAGAAAACGGGGAAGAGCAGCAUGACCACUUACAUAACACUUUAUCUGUUAAGCACUUUGUAAUCUGGAAGAAGAAUACAUACUUAAACAUAUGUUUAGUCUGCCUCCUUCCAGGACCUCGCUGAAAUAAGUCAUUGUUGUCACUUAGUAUUUUUCUGGAUAGACAUGUAUUGAUAGACCUGAGUCAACCUAUGUGUAUGGAGACUAAAUUACCAUCAUACAUCUCUGCCAAAAGUAGAUAUAUGAAAGCACAAGACAGAGUGCUGAAGAUGUGAUGCUGAUUCCACCAAUCAAGACUACGGUGCAUCUUCAUCAGGAGGCUCAUGAUCUCUACAGGACAGAUGGCUGUUUAAGGUUACUAGACUGUGUUGUAAACACAAAGUGCAGUGUAGUGAGAAUGGAAGUUUGGAAUUCAAAGAUAUCUGCAAGUGAUGGCAUCUUACAGGGUUGUUACAUGUUUUUCACAUGAAGGACUACAGCAUUGUUCUUAUCACAUGUGGGGAAGACCCAUGAAAAUGUGUAAAGAGCAUUUAGUUAGUAAACUGAAUCAAAACUGCAGCUAUUUAGCUUGGGUCAUCCCCUGGGGCACCUCUGUGAUGGUUGUGAAGAUGGUUGUUUACAGAUAGUGUAAAUUAUCCAUUUUUACUAACAAGAAAAAAAGCACUUUUGUUUUUUGAUUAGAUGGUUUACACCUACUUUUGAUAGCGCAUAUUUAGAGUAGAGAUAUCGGUCAUGAUUUCUAUAAUGCCAGAAUACAGUGUAUAGAAUUGUUAUAUAUGUAGUUUGCUUCUGUUAGCUAAUAGUUGCAAAUGCAGCUGCAAUGAGUUAUUACAAAAGCCCUUUAUCUUAAUGGUGAUAGUUUAAUGUAAGUAAAUGCUAUCUGUACAUGCCAUCACACUUUUUAGCCUGACUGAGGCUGCUAUCUCUUUAGGAUGGCUACCUCCCUUUUCUUGUUUGUGUUUGGUUGUUUGUUUUUUUUUUUUGGGGGGGGGGUAUCUUUUAUAUAGUGCUUGGCAAAAUAGGGUUAUGUCCAUGACUAGGCCAAUUAGGAACUGCCACUAUACAUGCUAAUAAUGCUAACUGAUCCCCUAUAGUAAUGAUUACGAUUACAGAUAUGCAACAGCUGGCUAAAUGAAGCCUCUAAUUCAUCAGGUGCUAGAGUAAAAUGCUUAUGCAAGUCACUAACCCAAGAUAUAAAUCUUGGAUUACAUCAUAUGGUGUCUUCCCAGACAAGGAGCUCAUGGUUUAUAUAGGCCUUUGGUCCUACAGGCACGAAGAGGAGAACGAACUAAGAGGCUGCUCUUGCUUUAAAGUUCCAAAUUAUCGCCUUUCCAGUUCUGUCAGUAAUUUCCAGAUUAUUCAAGAGCAGUGGAAACAACAGUGAAUCAUAGAAUAUUUCAAGUGGAAGAGAUCUCAGCAGACUUUCUCAUCCAAUCUCUUACUCAAAGCAAGGUUAGCACUGAAUUCAGACCAGGUUGCUCAGGGAUUUGUCUAAUCACAUCUUGAAAAUCUCCAAGACACAGACUGCACAGCUUCCCUGGGUAAUGUUCUCCUGUGCUUUACUGUCCUUGUGGUGAAAUGUUUUGUGUUUAAAAACAUGAACAAAUAUAUUCAUUUUAGUGGAAUAGACUAUAAUUUUUCUUCCUCUUAUUUGGAAUCUAUUUUUUCCUGUGUGAAACUUUUUAAAAAAAAAUUUUUAAUGACACAUGAUAAAGGGAGACAGUCCCCUUUGUGGCCUUACACUCACCACUCCCAGUGGACAUGACAUUUUCAGUCUUCACUGGUCUGCUUUGCAAAGAAUCAUCAGUAUCAUAAUCAUGUGGCAACUGUUGUUCAGCCAGAGGAAAUUCGUUGACUGCUUAUGAGCUCUCCCACAGUUUUAUUGAUGUUCACAAUACAGAACUGGCUGUUGUAACCUCAGCCAUGAACAUGACAUUGAGGUCUGCAGAGGUCCACUGCUCUGUGAAAUCAUGCUUUGAUAUCUGUAUUUUCUUCAAGUUGCAUAUCUUCAUGGAAGAAAAAAUUUUGCACGAUUUAAGAGAACUCAUCAGAAGCUGUCAACUGUAGUAAGUGCUACAAUUUUUUUUUACAAAAAAAGCUGAAGCUCAGUUUGUGUCGGAUGACUUUCAGCUGUUCAUUUGCUUUAAUUUUUGGCUUGUUCAUAGGAUCGUAGACAAUAUGAUAAGAAAGGCCCAUCGUGUCUGAACCUUCACAUGAUGCAGACCACAGAAUUUCCCUAAACUAUUUU